AUAAGCCGUCGGUAGUGUUGUCAAUAUAUCAAUCCAUCAAUAGUUUGUUAUGAUAGCCGGAUGAGGAUAACGUCGUAUUAUUAUGCUAUUACUGAAAUAUUUAUCAAAAGUAAAUCCUUUAUAUAAAAUCAGGUGAGAUAGAAUAUUAUAACAAGUGUAUUUGUUCAAACAAAAGAUCUUUAAUUUUUCCUUCUUGCAUAACUGAAAGGUAAUUUGCUGUGUCAUUGUUAAAAGAAGGAAGGUUUUUCCUUUCCUUCUAAACUGAAAUAGAUAUCUCCGAAGAUAAUCGCCUUUAACCCAUUGUCUUUUGAUACUUAUUUUCAAACAUACCGAAAGUAUUCUCUUGGUACAAUCUCAAAAAAUUUUCUCAUUUUACUGACAAAAAAAUGGCAAGCCAGUGGUCAAAUCCUAAAGAAAUAAGAAUACCUAUAUCAUAUGGUUUCAUUGCAGUUAAGGCUUGGGGUGAUGAAAGUGCAGAACCUGUCUUAGCACUUCAUGGCUGGCAAGACAACGCAGGGACAUUUGACAAACUUAUUCCUUUGUUAUCGUCGAAUCUUUAUAUUGUUGCAGUUGAUGGACCCGGUCAUGGUUUGUCUUCCCAUAAGCCCAAGGGAGCAUUUUAUCACUACAUGGAAAUCUUAGUUGAUAUUAAACGAGUCAUCGAUUAUUUAAAGUGGGAAACAUUUAGUAUUAUUGGUCAUAGUCUAGGAGGUACCGUCGGUCUUCUGUACAGUAGUGUUUAUCCAGAGAAAGUAAAAAAUUUGAUUCUCCUGGAUAUUAUUAAACCUGCCUCUCGAGAAACUCAUCUGUUGCCGAGUGUCACGAGAGAAGGAAUUGAAAACCUGUUGAAGAUCGAGAAAAAAACAAAUGAUCCGGCACCGGUUUACAGUUUGAAGGAGGCUGAAUCACGCCUGGUUGCGGGAAUGUAUAAUCAAAUAACGGAAGAAGGUGCGAGCGUUCUCCUGAGGAGAGGUUGCAAGCCAUCUGAAUGCGGUAAAGGUGUUGUGUUUUCUAGAGACAUCAGGGUAAAAAUGACCGAAGAUUUGCAAAAGUUCAGUCAUGAUGAUUUAAAAGCCUUUAUGAGCAAAGUAUGUUGUAACUUGUUAAUUAUUGUAGGGAACAAAUCAGUUGUUGUAAAAUCUCGUACUCCGGACGUGCUCGAUGAUUUCUUGGAAGUGUAUGAAAAAAACUGUCGCACGUUUAAAGUUGUGAAGGUUGAAGGAAAUCAUUUUGUACAUUUGAACAACCCUGAACGAGUUGCACCACUUAUAGAUGAUUUUUUUAAGAAUUUGGUUAAAUCUAAAUUUUGAUUAAAAUCAACUUAUGACAGAUUCUUGUAUGAAUUAAUAUUUAAUUCUCCUAGGCAAAUAUUUAAUGUUCGAUUCCAUUCAUUGUUGGGCAUGUAAUAUUUUCAUGUAAUUUUUAUUUAUUAUUUUAACUUUAGAAAACAAAUUUUUCAAUUUAUGGUACUACUUUUAAAGUAGCCUGUAAUGCUAAUUUCUGUAAAUAGAAAAAUUAAUGUUAAGUUUCUUACAAAUGUAAUUUCAAUUAAUUUUUGAUUGUACAUUAUGUUCGCAAAAUUCAAAGGAAGUUUUAUUAAUUUAUCUUUAAUUAUGGAGCUCUUAUUAUGAAUUGUGUUUAAAAAAAUUUCCUGUUUUAAACAACUUAAAAAAAUAUGUCAUUUUUAUAGCUGAAGAGUGUAUUUGAUUACAAUUACUUCCGUUGUAGGUUGCUUUUAUACAUUCUGAUUGUUAUUAUAACUGUUAUCAAAACAUGUCUUAUAAUUUCUUUUGAAAAAUAAUUUAUAUGUAGUAAUUAGUGCUUUGUAAUUAUUUCAAUAAUUUUUAGCAUAAUUCUCAGUUUGUUUAUUUUGAUUUAUUAGCUGUACGAUCACAUGAAAAACAAUUAUAAAUUUGAUUGCUUUAAAAGUAUUAUCUAUUUGUCAAUUUUAUUUUAAUAUUUUGAUAUAUGUCGCAUCACUUUUAAGAUGAAUGUUGUAUUUGUUUCAUGUUUAUCAUUAAAUUAUUUAUAUAUUUUUUGUUA